UUUACUACUUUAGUCAUCUUUUAUUCCAAAACAAAUAUAAUCAGUAAAACGGGCAAAAACCGAAACGUCCGUUUCAUGACCGGAUUCGCAUCCCACUUUCACUCUCCAGAUAGAAACAACUCAUCCACCAGAAACUGAUCGAUCACACACAGUUGCGAGAUUUGUUCGAGAUAUAUAGAUACAGAAACCUAAUUUUGAAUUGAGAAAUAUGAGUUCGUCUUCUGCUCAGUAUGCUCUGUCGUUUAAGAUCUUAUUGAUCGGAGAUUCAGGUGUCGGUAAAAGUAGUCUUCUCGUCAGUUUUAUUUCGAAUACUGUUGACGAUCUAGCUCCUACUAUCGGUGUUGACUUCAAAAUGAAACAGUUAACUGUUGCAGGGAAAAGAUUAAAACUUACAAUUUGGGACACAGCUGGUCAGGAGAGAUUCAGGACAUUAACAAGCUCUUACUACAGAGGUGCCCAAGGGAUUAUUCUUGUGUAUGAUGUUACAAGGAGAGAAACAUUCACAAACUUGUCUGAAAUAUGGGCUAAAGAAGUGGAUCUAUAUUCCACUAAUCAAGAUUGUAUCAAGAUGCUUGUUGGAAAUAAAGUUGACAAAGAUUCAGAAAGAUUUGUGAGCAGGGAAGAAGGUGCUGCUCUUGCAAAAGAGCUUGGUUGUAUUUUUCUUGAAUGUAGUGCUAGAACUCAAGAAAACGUACACCAAUGUUUUGAAGAGCUUGCAUUAAAGAUAAUGGAGGUUCCGAGUCUUCUGGAAGAAGGGUCUACGGUAAUGAAGAGGAACAUAAUGAAGCAGAAACCAGAGCACCAGGCUGCAAUGAAUAAUGGUGGAUGUUGCUCAUAGAAGUGCAUGUAAAUUUGUAAGUAAAUUCUUCAAGUGGGGUGGAUUUAUAUUUUUAAAACAAAAACAGCAAGAUCAUCUACUACCUCGUACGUGUAAAGUUGUCUUUGUAAAUAACCUGUUACUCAUUGGUGAUUUGUUGUGAAUU